AUAUACAUCAUAGUUCAAAAAAAAUGAGAUGAGGCUACCAGCUCUGUCCUUUUCUCCAUGGACACCGCAAGUGCGCUAGGAAAUCGUGUCUCUUUCUUCCCACUCUCUUUCGGGAAAUGAUCACUAUACGGAGAGUUCCUCGAAUACUGAAAUAAAGGAUUUAGAACAGGGUAAGGAUGUGAUGGUAAUAGAUGGACCUCCAGAUGAAAAAUCACUUGAAGAUGAAAUUAAUGACGCAACUCAAUCUACAUUUUACCUUAAUUCGGAUGGAGAACUGAAUGCAAAAAGUUUAGAGAUGCCAAUUCCAAUUCCUCCCAGUACAGACGUUUUGAGAUGUGCAGAGGAAUUAAUUGAAAAAAUAACGGAAGAAACUCAAGCAAAAGCAAAAGUACUUGAACAGCCAGCGAAAAAAGUGAUAGGCAGAGCAAAAGCUUCGCUGCGGCUUUCUACAUCACUGCGACCGCCUUGCGAAAACUGCAAAACUUUACUUGGUAUUGUAAAUGAGCUUAAAGAUCGUUGUUAUGAACUUACGGACGAAAUAGGAGCAAAUCAAGAUUUGGUUACAAUUCUACGACAGAGUUUGCUCAAAUCAAAUCGUCAAAUAGAAUUGAUAAAACGGAUGGAAGAGCAGAAAAGUCCUCAGGAAAGAGUCAGUAUGAUUUUGGAAAAAGAAAGCGAGCUCACAGCAUUGCAACUAAAUGCAGCAUCUUACAGUCGUGAAAUUCGUAUUUUAAAAGAACAAAAUAAGCAAUAUGAACAAAAAAUUGAAGAACUUAGUGUUGAAAUUAAUGCAUUUCGCGAGUCGGUCCGUUCAAAGGAGGAGCUUAUAAUGAAAAUUUACAGUGAGCAGGAAGGAAGUGAUGUUUUGGGUCGCUCAGAUGCGUUGCUUGAUGAUGUUGAAGUGCCUGAAGGAAUAUUAGUCGACUUUGGUAGUAGUUCAAUUGAUGAAAAUGCGCAACGGGUGUUUGACGAGGCAGCUGUCAAUGAUGUAACAGAAAUGCGAGAUCUUGUUAUGGGAUAUCGAAACCAGAACAUGUUCUUGAAUCAAGAGGUUCUCGAGCUUCAAAAACUUGUGCAAAAUUUGGAAGACAGAGAGCGUCGAAUUACUCGACAGAACUUUGACAUUGAAGCUUGCUAUUAUCAACUUAAAAGUCGGUACAUCAUGGUACUGAACCAUUUCAAGGCAUCGAAAACUGACAGUAAAGUUCUGGAACCAGGAGUUAUUGAGGCUUUGAUUGACGAAACAAAUUGGACUGCAAACAAAAGAACGUUAAACAACGAUAAAGUAGAAACGAGACUUACUGACUCUCUUGGAUUUUAUUUGAAUGACGACAGAAAGCGUCAUCAAUUGCGACCCACUGAUAUGUUUGAAGUUGCUGCUGAAUUAAAAAGUAUAAGUGACGAGAUCAUUGUUCAGAAGGAAAUGGAGCAGAAUCCACAAUACAUAGACUGGUUACAAAAAUGGGAUAGUUUCCUGGUGAAUUCUGCAGUACGUCCUCUGAAACCCACUAAUGAGCUAAAGAAUUUGGUGAGAAUGGGUAUACCAAGAACAUAUCGACCAAGAGUCUGGAAAAGCCUUGUUAAUUACGUCGUGGGUGAUGAAAAAGCCGAUCUCGGCAAUGGUUAUUAUGAGACACUUCUUCGGAAAGUGAAUACUGUUAGCAUUCAUACUGUCGAAAAUGAUAGUGCUUUGAAACAGAUAGAUUUGGAUUUGACUCGAACUUUACCUACAAACAGGUUUUUCGAUGAACCAACAUCAGAGAAAAUUGUUGUUUUACGUCGCGUACUCUGUGCAUAUCGUUUUCACAAUAAGUCUGUGGGGUAUUGCCAGGGACUAAAUCGCCUGGCUGCCAUUGCUCUAUUGUUUCUUGAAGAAUCUGACGCUUUUUGGUUUUUAGUAGCUUGCGUCGAGCAUCUCCAGCCUGCUGCAUAUUAUACUUCUACUUUACUUUGUGCCAUUGCUGAUCAAAAGGUGUUACGUGAUCUGGUCGGUGAAAAACUCCCGAAGUUGUCAUCCCAUUUGCGCAAGUUUGAAGUGGACCUCUCAGCUUUUACCCUUAGUUGGUUUCUUACAUGUUUUGUUGACGUGUUUCCGCAUACUAUUUAUUUGAAUUUGUUCGACGUUUUCCUUUAUGAAGGGAAUAAGGUUCUUUUCCGAUUUGCUCUUGGUGUGUUGAAACUUGCUGAGACCUCAGUGUUAGAGUGUAAAUCUGUUGGAGCUGUGCAUGCUUCACUGAGUAGAGUAGCGCAACAUGUUCCCAAUUUCAAAACACUGGCACAGGUUGCUUUUAACGAUUUGAAUCCUUUUCCGCAAAAAGGCAUAGAAAUGAAAAGGCAAUUUUAUCUUAGCCAGUUAACAACGACGCAGUGAAUUGUAUAGCAGCUGGUUUAUGGAAAAUUAACGUGAGGAAUAGACUGCAUGCAUCAUAUUUGUUUCAAGUGUUUAAUCUUCAGUUUUUAAGUUUCUGUGCGAAUGUUAUGUUUUCAUGUUUCCCAUCAUUAAUUAUGAAGCUUAUUUAAAUACUUUUUAUUUUCAAUCCAUUUCGGCCACUUUCUCUCGUACUAUCUCAUCUCCCAAAUCUUCUGGACUUCAUCUAUGUACCCGUGAAUACGAAAAUUUUUAGAAAUCUCUUUCACUUCUGCAAAUUUUUGCAGAUCAGCUUUCAUAAAUGUGAUUAGUUUGAGCACUGCUUACUGUUACUAUCGAGAAUCAAAAGCUGUUCAUGUAAAUUUUGGUUGUUUUCCUAUCGACGUUUUUGUUAAGUUUUUUUUUCCCGCUGAAUGCAUCUACCUGACUAUGCCUUAUUUGUGCCUUUCGCUGUGAUAUGCUGUUUUUUUUCAGAAAAAAACUGAAAUAAUAGUUCAUUUAAUUUGGUUUACACUGUAGAAAAUCAUUGUUUGCGACUUCUGUGUUUUUUCUUUUUUUUCCCUCUUCGUUUUAUCUCGA